UUAGGAAGAUGAAGUUCGACGUCCUAAUCGGAUUUGUGUUAUUUCUUUUGCAUGCAGAAACAUCAAGGGGUACGUUCGCAGGAUGGACUUCCCCUGCUCCUGGUUUGCAGAUGGCAAAUGGAAAAAUAGAACUGACUGGUGAUAUAUCGGAGAACUCUAUCUCCGCCGGAGGAUUACUAUUCCUAGCAAAAGCUACGGGUGAAGGAGACGUACAUUACACCAUCAAAUCAUGCACUGAUGACUUCGCAUCCAUCAACUCAUCAUCUGGUGCAGUCAGUCUUGCACAUGACAAGGGAUUGGAUUAUGAAUCUAACAUUGUAUACGAAAUUGUUGUCAGCGCAAAAGACCAAGAGGGUUCCGAAGCAACGGCAACGGUGGUUCUUUCGAUCAGUGAUGCCAACGACAAUGCACCAGUGUUUACAGAGUCCGAAUAUACAAUGGAACCAGACAAGAUUCUGCCUUACGGAACGCCGUUGGUAACCCUGACUGCAAUCGAUGCUGACGGAUCAGCACCAAAUAACGUUGUUGGAUACAACCUAUCAGCUGAUGAUACAGACUUGUUUGCAAUUGACAACGUUACGGGGACACUCAAGGUCGUUGCAAGUGGCGGUAUCAGCUUUACGAGGAAACGCAAAGUUGUCAGUAGAUCAGCCGAAGCCACAGUUUUCUACAUAAAGCUGACGAUCGACUUGGUAGCUUACGCGUUUGAUAAGGGAGUUCCACAAAACAUUGUCGAGCAGGUCAUUAAACUGACAUUACGCAAUAUUGCAAAUUUGUUAAGUGCUAGCUUCUUUGGACUACUAUUGGUAUUUGUGCUAGUUUUGGAUGUUGUAUCAAACUGAUUGUUCGAUGGUAAAUGAAACAAGUAUAACUGUGCUACAACGACAGUUAUUUGCAAGAAUUUACUUUUAGUACUUUUUAUCCUUGCAUUUGUCAAUAGAAAACAUUAUAAAAUUUGUAUUAAUGUAAAGAUGCACACUUACUCCCAAACAAGGUUUACCACAAUAAAUACAUUUUUUAAUAUAAUUAAAGGGAUGAAUAAAUGUCGAAACAGUGGUUCUUAUGAACGAUACCGAGUUUAAUUUGAAAGAAAAGGACAGAAAACAUGGUAUUCUACCUUUGGAGACUUUAGUUGAUCACAAUAAUUCAUUGAGCACUCACCAUUCAUUUAGUAUGUUAUUAACUAUUAAAUUCACGGUUACAAUCUUGCUAUCAAUAAUUAUUAUUUUCCAUAAAUGCAUUAUUUAGAAAGAAGUUAAAAGUGUAUCACUCAAAAUUUAUGUUUGUUAUACAUAUGUAUGUAUUGAUUUUAAAUAAGACUGUCACUUUAAUUUAAAUUUGGAUUUAACAAUGACCUUUGUUCGUACCAAUUAAUUGCUAGCGCGUGGUUUAUAAACCCCUUUCUUUUAUUUAUAUGGGAGAACAUAUUACCAUAAUUUUCUGGAAUGAUUGUCGGAGGUCUCGUCCCCCUCAUCUGAGGGAGCCGUUACCGAACGGAAGCUUUUAUUUUCAACAUAAAUUAAGCUGGUAUUAAUGGACCAAAAAUGAACUGAAAGGGAUUUUAUAUAAUACUAAUUCAUGUGUUAAACUUGAUGAUUACGUUUUCUGCUAUUAAUAACAUGUCACGUAAUUGGACCUUUGUUUUACUUUUCCCUUUGAAGAUUAAUCCGGACCCAUGAUGUGCCUUUAAAACGGGUUACCACUUCCACUCUAGAAUUCGUAUAGAUUGAUGAAAAUGUGUUCGAACGUUGAUAAAUAUAUUUCAAGA